AUGGCGCAAUGUCCCAUACGUUCCACCUGCCCGAUAGUCCGCAUAAGGCCUUUCAGAGGAGAGCCGGAACCAAAUGCGCGAGACGGGUCCUCAGGCGCGUGCUCGCGGCCUUCCCUUCCCCUCUCUUGCCACCUUCUUUUCCGCCCUCCCUUUCCCGCCGCGACUCACCUCCCCUGCCCGCCCCGAAACCCAACCCCUCCAAAAAUAACCUUAAAAACCCCACAAAGCUCCUCAACCCGCAUCGGCCUGCCUCUGCCUUACCGGCCCCAUCGCGCGGCCCACCCAAGGCUCCGGCUCUGUUCCUUUCAACCUCGCCCCGCGUCCCGCCUCCGAAACCUAACCCCUCCUUUUCCCCAUGUCUGCUACCGCCACGGCCAGCCUGGCGAUGUCGUCAGCCCCUUCGACAAGCUGUGCGACGUGCAAAGCGACAAGGCCGCUAUAGAGAUUACCAGCCGGUACAGCGGCAAGGUGCUGGCUCUUCACCACGCCGUCGGUGCCAUGGUCAAGGUAGGGGCCCCGGAGGGCGGCACGUGUGCGAGUGUGAAGAGGGGGGAGAGGGGGGAGAAUGCAGGAUGGGAUGGUGGAGGGUUAGAGAAGUUGGGAAGGAGGAGAGGCAGGGUGCAGCCGGAGGAAGGUUGUAUGAUGCUGUGA